AUGGGAGGGAAACCUCCAGGCAAGAGUCCUCCAGAGAAAAGAGAGAAAAAAGAGAAGGAGGUAGACAAUUGUGAGAAAUGCCCAGAACCCUGGGUGUACUGUGUGGUGUUAUAUUGUGCAUGUGCGAUGAGUCUCAUAUCGAGUGGAUACAGCCUAUAUAAGCAACAGGGGGUGCAGGAUAGGUUGUCUCUUCUGGAAGAACAGCAUCUAGCUCUAAGGAGUGCGGUCCUGGAGCCACAGCAACCCUUGGUAGAAAGGCUGAGAAGAGAAGUCUACUCUAGACCCUCAAGUUAUUGGAGGCAAAGGAGGAGUAUUCGAGACUAUGGCGAUUGCGUUUGUCCACCAGGUAUU